UCGGACUACUUGCUAUAGGGUGGGACAAAGAGACAUGUUGAAACAAUUGUCUCACUGCAGAGUCAGAGACAUUUCCUCAUUACACUAAAUCAUAGCAGUUAUGGUUUCAAGCGUCUUGUCCUGUCUUGUGUGUGUGUUGUGUGUGAUCGUCCUCCCGGCUGUAUGGGCUGAUUACUGUAGCAGCUAUUGGGACACGGAUGGUCAAUAUCAUGAUGAUCAGCAAUGUUCUCAGUACUGCUGUGGAAACUGCAACCAAAAAUACUGCUGCAAUGAAAAUAAAUACAGGCUAACUCAAGGAAAACAAGAUCGCUGUUCUGGAAGGCCUAGCUAUGCUAAAAAUCAUAUUCCCAUGCUUCUCGGAAGCAUCUUGGGGACUAUUUUUCCCAUCAUCUUCUGUGUGAGUCUCAUCGUCUGCUGUGUGGCUCCUUGCUGCUUGUGCUACAAGAAGUGUCGAAAAGGACAGAGGCCCCAAACUGUGGCCACCAUAGUCAACUUACCCCAGCAGCCAACCUCUCCCUCCGGAUAUCAACCGUCCUACCCAGGCUACCAGCCUGUACCUGUCCAGCCUGGAUAUGUAGGCCCGCCCAUCCCUACAGCACCACCACCCUCAUACAUGGAAGCCACCGAUCCUGCUUACCCUCCAGCAUUCAGUCAAGGGCAGCUGAUGUACCCCUACUCCAACCAGCUUUAUGGACCGCCACCGAAUAUACAUGAACUUGACCAGCUGCCUUACAACCCCUCUUAUUGCCCAAACCCUUAAACCGAAUACCUUGUAGUAGAUGGUAGAUAGUAAAAUGUUUGGUGUUGAUACACUGGAAACUUUUGCAGGAUGUCAAAUUCAAAUCACAAACCUUGAGAAAUCUACAGUUUCUAUAGCAGUGUGUCUGGAAUUUAAACUCAAUGCUGCUGCUGCUUUUUAUGGGUUAGCUUCAGUAAUGACCAUUCAUUUAGCACUGUCCAAUUUUAAAAUAUGUCCAAUUUUAAAUGAAAGUGUUGAAUGUUAAAAAUGUAUGUAUGGAGAAAAUAGAAGUAACACACAUCUCACAUGAUAAGAGAAAUAAUGAUAUGAUGGACACGACAGUUAAGGUGUAACUUUUCUGUAUCUGUUAAGAAUUCUGAUUCAUUCACAUCAUCUCAACACAUACUUUAAUUGUUGUGCUCAGUCUUGGUUUAUUCUUGAACAAUUGAGGAGUUUUAGGGUUUCCGUCCACCUUGAAAGAGCCAGAUUUGAAGAUUUGAAGAUUUGAAAUUAUGCUGACACAUGUUUUGUUACUAAACUACCACUAGAGGUCGCCACCUUUGUUUUGUAUAGAAAGGGAAAUGGUAGAACACUGUAUGCUUCAUGCUGGUGCUACUGAGACUUGUUAUCAAGCAUAUUGUUUUACAUGGAAGACAAUAAAUGUGUGACUGUUUUGUCUCAUUGUAAUAAAGCAGAGAUCAAAGAUUUAAAUAA